AUCAAGGUACUUUUUAGACAAACUUUUGACUCCAUUUCUUUUUAUAGAUUCUAACGUUUUUCUUUUUGCUGGAGUGUCUUAAAGUUUGGAACGAAGGACUUGAAGGUGAUUGUUGAACAAGUGUUGAAAUGAAUAAGAUUCAGGGCAGAAAAGCUCAAAACUUUGAAAAUUUUCCAGGAUGCUUAGGCAGAAUGGUGAACCUGUUUGACCUGAGCACAGGCGUUCCUGGAAACCGACUUCUAAGUGAUAAACCACAUUAUGAUGGUUCUUCACUCUCAGGGAGUCAUUCUGACAUGGUUAGGAUGUUGAACCCCUCUUUUCAUGAUCCAAUAGAGGAUAAAGUGAUUGUGUCUGAGUUGAGAAGAACUUCAUGUAACCAGAAAACUAAUGGAACACCCAUGAAGACACUUAUAGCCCAGGAAAUGUCAAAAGAAGUGGAAUCUAACCCACCCAAUGUGGUUGCCAAGUUGAUGGGGCUUGAGACAUUACCAAGGCAGCAGCCUAAGCUAGCUGCACAAAGAAGCCAUUCAAAAGGUUCUUCACGGUGUUCUAUGAGUCAGUCAGAAAUGCCUGUAGAAAGCUGGGAGCAAGACAAAGGCUUUCUGGACAAGCAAAUAGAGUGUGAUGUUCAUCAUUGUCAAGAGCUGAACAAAUACAAAGAUGUUUCUGAAAUCUUGCAGUGGUCUCAAAAGACAAACUAUUCAAGGGAUAACUCACCACGGGAUAACUUGCCACAAAAAGGAAGGUGUUAUGAUGGCUCAAAUGAGAGAAAGACUACUCUAAUUCAUCAGAAGUUUAUGGAAGCAAAACAUUUGGUAACAGAUGAAAAGUGUCGGCAUUCCAAGGAAUUCCAAGAUGCAUUGGAAGUUUUGAGCACCAAUAAAGAGUUAUUCCUCAAGUUUCUGCAAGAACCCAAUUCCAUGUUCUCUCAGCAUCUCUCCAAUUUGUUGUCUUUGCCACCACCUCCUGAGACAAAGCGCAUCACUGUUCUUAGACCUUCAAAAAUGGUUGAAAAUGAUAAACUUGCUGGAACCAGGAAAAAGGGCAACAAACAUACAAAGAAACCAGCACAGGUUGGUCAAGUGACUGGGUGGGAAAGAAAUAACCCUGGGUAUCCUUUUUGUUUUGCAAAUAAGGAAGUCAAUGGAUAUCCCGCUCAACCAACUAGAAUAGUGGUACUGAAGCCUAGCCCUGGCAAGCGUCAGGACAUUAAAACUGUCAUUUCUCCCAAUCCCUCAUCACCUAGCAUAUUACAUGGUGAAGAUUUUCAUAAACCUGAAGAUGCUGAUGCACAGGAAUCAAGAGAGGUGGCCUUGGAAAUCAAGAGGCAGAUGUGUGAAAAUCUGAUAGGUCAUAGGAGGGAUGAAACUUUACUUUCGUCAGUGUUUUCUAAUGAUGAUAUUGGUGAUGAUAGUUCAUUCAACAAAGCAGAAAAUGAGUAUGCUGCAGGGAACCUCAGUGAUUCAGAAGUCAUGUCACCAACUUCUAGACAUUCAUGGGAUUACAUUAAUAGGCUUGGCAGCCCUUAUUCUUCCUCAUCCUUUGGCUGUGUGUCCUGUUCUCCAGACUCAUCAGUUUGCAGAGAAGCAAAGAAGCGCCUUUCUGAAAGAUGGGCCAUGAUGGCAUUGAAUGGAAGAUCUGAGGAACAAAAGCAUGUUGGGAGAAGCUCUAGUACCUUGGGUGAAAUGCUUGCUCUUUCUGAUACAAAGAAGGAGCCAGCUAGGUCUGAUGAAGAGGAAAGUAAUAAAGAGCAAGAACCUAGGGGAUCGACUUCCAGUGCUGUGAAUAAAGAAGAAAGUAUGAAGGAUUCUCCUAAGAAUCUACUACGAUCAAAAUCUGUCCCCAUGUCUUCUACAGCUUUUGGUAUGGUGCUCAAUGUUGGAGUCUCAGAUCUGGAGCCUAGCAAAAUGCAAGGGUCCAAGGAGGCUAUGAAGGCAAAGGGCACGAAAUCAUCUUUAAAGCUUAAAGUUUCAAGUUUAUUUUUCUCAAAGAAUAAGAAAUUGAGUAAGGAAAAACCUAAUGGUUCUCAAUCUGUGGAUGACUCUCCAUCUGCCACUCCUGGAACACCAGGGUCUCCAGUAAUUAAUCUUCAAAAGUCAAAUGGUGAUGUUCCUCAGUGUGUUAAUGAAAGUUCCAUUGAAGAGUGUUUGUCUCCUGGUCUGAGUAGAUCAGCAAAAAAAACUCCAGAUUUAACCAGCAUGGCAAAGAAAGAAGGCAUAGUUUCUCGGGAGGCAGGUUUGUCUGUAGCAAAACCUUUAAUGCCUUGGCAUGUAAGUGAGAAUCAGGACCAGCCAAGUCCCAUCUCAGUUUUAGACCCACCAUUUGAAGAGGAUGAAGCCACAAUUCUAGGGUCAUCCCUCAAGGUCAAACUGGGGCACCAAGGAGUGGAGGUGCUGCCAAAAUCUAACUUGAUUGGCAAGUCACCCCCUAUAGAAUCAAUUGCUCGCACACUAUCGUGGGAUGGUUCUUGUGCAGAAACACCAACUCAUCCAUCAAAACCCUCUUCAGGUUCCCCAUGCAGAAAGGAGGAAGAACAGGAUUGGCUCUCCUUUGUCCAAUCAUUGUUAUCAGCAGCUGGCCUUGAUCCUGAAGCGCAAUGUGACUUAUUUAUUGCAAGAUGGCAUUUGCCUGAAAGCCCAUUGAACCCUUCAUUGAGAGAAAAAUGUGUCAACUUGAAUGAGGAGAGUGUGCAUGAGGCUAAGCGAACACAAUGGAGAUCAAACCAGAAGCUUGCAUUUGAUUGUGUCAAUUCAGCAUUAGUGGAAAUAACAUGUCAUGGGUUAGAUAGUAGUAUAAAAACCACGUCAUUUGACAGGCGCCAGCCCUCUAAGGGCGCACCAUCCACCCUGGUAGACCAUGUGUGGGCCCAAAUGAAGGAUUGGUUUGCCAGCGACGAGAAGUGUACCCCAGGAGAUGAUGGGGACAGCUACAGCCUGGUUGUGGAGAGGAUGGUAAGGAAUGAGGUAGUGGUUAAAGGAUGGGUUGAUCAAAUGAAGUUAGAAAUGGAUAACCUGGGGAAUGAGAUAGAACGGAAGUUGCUGGAAGAGCUUGUGGAGGAGUCGUUGGUUGAUUUGACAGCUCGAGUCCUACAAGGCACUUGACCAUUUCCUUCAUUUUUAUUUGUAACCUUCAUCAUUUGUUAAUGUGUAUUUGAUCCGGGGGAACGUUGGCCCUACCCACCAAAUUUGUUUCAAGGCUGCCCAAGGUGUUUUGAUUAGCAUUAUUCGAUUAGUUGUUUGAAAUGUGCAUUUCCUUCCGAGACGGUGCAAAUAAAUAUUUUGGUCACAC